CAAGCGCGCCUCCCCGGCCGCGCUCUCUGCCGCCUGGUCCCCGCAGCCGCCCGCAGAGCGGCGGAGGCAGCGCCAUGGUGGCGGCGCUGUUUGGCUGCUGGUUCCGCGUGGGCGGGGCCCGCGCUGGGGUGUCCGGCCCGGUGAUCCCGGUAGGCCCGACUGUGGUACAGACCUCCAUGAGCCGGUCCCAGGUAGCCCUGCUGGGCCUGGGCCUGCUGCUCAUGAUGCUACUGUACGUGGGGCUGCCAGGCCCCCCUGAGCAGACCUCCUGGCUCUGGGGAGGCCCCAAUGUCACAAUCCUGGCUGGUCUCACCCCUGGCAACUCCCCCAUCUUUUACCGCGAGGUGCUGCCGCUCCACCGGGCACGCAGGGUGGAGGUGAUGCUACUCCACGGAAAGGCCUUUAACUCGCACACGUGGGAGCAGCUGGGCACGCUGCAGUUGCUGGCGCAGAGGGGCUACCGGGCUGUGGCCCUUGACCUCCCAGGUUUUGGGAACUCGGCACCUUCCAAGGAGGCAAGCACAGAGGCAGGGCGGGCAGAGCUCCUGGAGCGAGUGCUACGAGACCUGGAGGUGCACAAUGCGGUCUUGGUGAGCCCCUCUUUGAGUGGCCGCUAUGCCCUGCCAUUCCUGAUCCGAGGGCACCACCAGCUGCGUGGAUUUGUGCCCAUUGCACCUGCCUCCACCCAGAACUACACCCAGGAACAAUUCUGGGCCGUGAAGACCCCGACUCUCAUCCUGUAUGGGGAGCUGGACCGUAUCCUGGCCCGAGAGUCACUGCGGCAGCUCCGCCAUCUGCCCAACCACUCUGUGGUGAAGCUGCGUGAUGCAGGCCACGCCUGCUACCUCCACAAGCCGCAAGACUUCCACCUUGUCCUCCUGGCCUUCCUUGACCGCCUGCCUUGAGUUCACCCACUGACCAGGCCCCAGGCCUGGCCUGAGCUGGGAGAGUCCGGACCAGUGCCCCACCAGGGAGGCAGCCCCUGGGAUUGGAGGGUGGAGGCCAGAGGGCCGGGCCCAGUUGGGACCUCUUAUUUCAUCUCACAGGCACAAUAAAAAAAAAAAA